AUGUCUACCUCUUCGCCACGAAAAGAUCAACCAACCGUGCUUCUAUGCAUUGGCAUGGCCGGUUCGGGUAAAACUACUUUCAUGCAGCGGUUAAAUGCUCACCUUCAUAGUAAAAAAAGACCUCCAUAUGUGAUAAAUCUUGACCCAGCAGUUUUAAAAUUACCAUUUACUCCCAAUAUUGAUAUCCGAGAUACAGUCAAUUAUAAAGAAGUGAUGAAACAAUAUAACUUGGGUCCAAACGGUGGAAUUUUAACAAGUCUGAAUCUCUUUACAACAAAAUUUGAUCAGGUGCUCGAUUUCGUUAAUAAACGUGCACCAACACUUGAUCAUAUUAUCGUAGAUACACCAGGUCAAAUUGAAAUAUUUACUUGGUCAGCUUCGGGAGCAAUAAUAACUGAUGCAUUGGCAGCUACAUAUCCAAGUGUUGUUGCAUAUAUUAUAGAUACACCAAGAACAACAAGUCCUGCUACUUUUAUGAGUAAUAUGCUUUACGCUUGUAGCAUUUUAUAUAAAACCAAACUUCCAUUCAUUUUGGUUUUCAAUAAAAUCGACGUUGUUUCUCACGAAUUCGCUAUACAAUGGAUGACGGAUUUUGAAGCAUUUCAAUUGGCAUUACAAAAAGACACGAGUUAUAUGAGUAAUCUCAUGAAUUCUAUGUGUAUGGUAUUAGAAGAAUUUUACAAUAAUUUAAAAGUUGUGGGUGUUUCGGCUGUAACUGGAGAAGGAAUAGAUGAAUUCUUUGGUGCAGUUGAUGAAGCUGUUAAGGAAUAUGAAGAAAUAUACAAGCCAGAACUCGAAAGAUUAAUUCAAGAGAAGGCUCGAAAGAAAGAGGAUGAAAAAAAUGUUCAAUUAAAUAAAUUAAUGAAAGAUUUGGAUGUAUCAGAUUCUUCAAGUAAAGCGAUGGAUGAGCUCGAUAAUAGUGACGAGGACGAUGACGACAAUAAUGAUAUACAUAAUAAUAUACAUAAUGAUGAUGACUAUGAACAAAUGCAAAGGCAUGAAGAACAAUUAGAAGACCAAAGUUUUAACAGGUGGAUAAAACAAGUAAAUCAAAGUGCUGAUAGCGUUUAG